AUGGACACAGACGCCAAAGACCCCGAACAAUCCCCUGGCCGCCCUGUGAAAAAGGCACGUCAUGUCCCUCCCACCCAGCGUAAUCUCAAAAACGUCGAGCGCGCCUUCAUCGCGGCCUCACGCCGCACCGACCGCGACCCGGAGGCCCGCCUGCACUCGGCCCGUCGCGCGUCCAAGAUCCAUAAGCAGCGUACUGGCAAGAGCCUCAAGAUCUCGCGUGACAUUGUCAUGCGCGAGGAGAUGUACGAAGAAGAGGAUGAUGACCUGCCGCGGAGCUUUCGGGCGGCUGCCGCUUUAGGGCUAGGACUGGGGAUUGGUUCGCAUUUUGGGGUCGGGGAGCUGCUGUCGACGUCGUCAGCGGGAGCUGGGGGAGGGACAGUGGCGGGGAUGAAGUAUGCUGGUAGAGCCAGUACGGGGGGUAUUGAUUUGGCGAGGAUCGCGCACCAUGCGGAGAUUGAGAGGCGGUUUGCGGAGCAGUUCCCAAAUUUGCAGCUUUCGUCAAGGAGAUUGCCCGGACAGAUGCUCCCGCAGCAGUCCUUGGGAUUUCAUCACCAUCAUCGGCUGCAUCAAGCUGCUGCCGCGGCGGUUAUGCCGCAGCUAAGCCAGCAAAGUACCCAGGGGUCCACGGCAGCGACUCUUCCUACUGCAUACCCCCUUGCGCCGACCCCUCAGUCGCGUCCUGUAUCGCCUACCGCGCGGCCGAGCUCUCGGAGAGCCAGCGUUAACUCUAACACGGUCUCGGGAUCAGCGUCGGCCUCUUCCACUUCAGCCUUGACCUCAUCAUCGGCCACCUCGCAGUCCAGCUCCAAGAUUGCCGACUCGUCUCAGGGAUCCACCGCCUCAGCACCUCGCCGCUGGACAGUCGCCGGCAUUCUCAGCGAGACCAACCCCGCAACAGACCUCAAUCCCACACUCAGCGCAAGCAUGGUGCCAGGACUAGAACUACUCCCUCCAACCGACCCGUCUCUUCUCGUGUGGGAUGCUUCUGCGGGAGGGGAGUUACCUGCCUCGGGCGUCCCCCCAGCUGAGCCCAGAAGCGGCGAGCAAAACUCCCAAGACCAGGCCCCAUCCUCCAACAACCUCCCUCUAAGCAUGAAUCUCUCCGACUCCGACGUCCUAGCCAGCCUUGUCAGCGCUGUCCUUGCCAGUCCUAACCUCGCCUCCCUCGACACCACGGUCCCAGCCACAGCCUACACCUUCUCCCCUGAUCCAGCAGGCGGGCCCUGCAUGCAGUCCCUUCAGCCGUCGCUCAUCUCCAACACGGACUCUUCCUCGCCGCAAUGGUGGGACGACGCUGCCGCUGCCGCCAUGGCUCGCGAAUUGUUGCAGUUUGGCAGCGGGACGGGAGAUCUCGAAAAUAGCAACAACAGCAACGGCCAACCGCCACAGCAGCAGCGCGAAGGAAGCGAUGCAGGGAGUGCAGGAGGGGCAGAUGGGAAGUGUCACGGGGCUGGGGCGUGCGAUUUUGGGGGGUUUUUGGAUGCAUUCUCGUUCGAUGAUGCGCCUGGGGGUAGUGCUGGGAAUGGGGAUGGCGUUGAUGGCUUGCCAAAGAAUCUGUCGUCAUUUCAUUGGGAAAAUAAGGAGGCUGGUAGGGAGAAGACCCCUCGGUCGGUUGUGGCUUCGCCGAAGGGAGUAGGGGCGGGAACCGCGACGCCGAGUAAUGAUUCGUGGGCUGCUCUGGUCGAUUUCGAUGGUAUUGAGGGAGGAGGGGAUGUUAAGGGUGAGGGAGGGUCGAAGGAAGAGGACAAGAGAUCAGAGGCUAUAUCGGCUGCCGGGAGAAGCGAAAUCGUGGUUGCCACGGAAGUAGUCACGGCGCAGGUUUAG